UGAAAAGUAAAAAGUCCAAGAAGGAGGGGAGAUGGGUUUUGGUUUGGGAAGCAGCAGCAAUAGUUGAGCAGCGCGGAAAUCGCAUCGACGACUGAGACAUAAAGAUGGGAAGACAAGCCGUGACCAAAUUGCUGUCCUCGAUCGCCUCGCGCCGCCACGGCCUCCGCCUCUUCUCGGCGGCGUCGCCGGCGGUCUUCGUCGAUAAGAGCACGCGCGUGAUCUGCCAAGGCAUCACCGGCAAAAACGGCACCUUCCACACCGAGCAAGCCAUUGAAUACGGCACCAACAUGGUUGGUGGUGUGACUCCUAAGAAAGGUGGCACCGAACACUUGGGCCUUCCCGUCUUCAACACCGUCGCUGAAGCCAAGGCGGAGACUAAGGCUAAUGCUUCCGUCAUCUACGUUCCUCCGCCGUUCGCCGCGGCCGCCAUCAUGGAGGCCAUGGAGGCUGAACUGGAUCUCGUUGUCUGCAUCACUGAGGGCAUUCCCCAGCACGAUAUGGUUCGGGUUAAAGCAGCCCUUAACAGGCAGUCCAAGACACGUUUGAUAGGACCAAACUGUCCUGGCAUAAUCAAGCCUGGGGAAUGUAAAAUUGGAAUCAUGCCUGGUUAUAUUCAUAAGCCUGGUCGCAUAGGAAUUGUCUCUCGUUCUGGUACCUUGACAUAUGAAGCGGUUUUCCAAACGACUGCUGUUGGCCUUGGACAAUCCACUUGUGUGGGUAUAGGAGGAGAUCCCUUUAAUGGAACAAACUUUGUUGACUGCCUUCAGAAGUUCCUAACAGAUCCUCAAACAGAAGGUAUCAUUCUUAUAGGAGAGAUUGGAGGAACUGCAGAAGAGGAUGCUGCUGCACUAAUUAAGGAUAGUGGAACUGAGAAGCCUGUUGUUGCUUUUAUUGCUGGUUUAACUGCUCCCCCUGGCCGUCGUAUGGGUCAUGCUGGAGCUAUUGUGUCGGGUGGCAAGGGCACUGCACAAGACAAAAUUAAAACCCUCAGGGAAGCUGGGGUCAUGGUUGUGGAGUCCCCUGCCAAAAUUGGAGCUGCCAUGCUAGAUGUUUUCAAGCAGAGGGGCUUGGUUCAAUAGUUUGGGUUCAUUUAAUUUCAUCAAGUCAUUUUGGUUUCGAUUAUUUACAAACUGUUCAAAAUUUCUUGAUUCCCAUUGGUAAUGAUGGGCUAUUUUUUUUUUUUUUUUUUAAGUUACGAGAGGGGCAUUAAAAUAAAAUUCAAGAUGCUUUAUAUUUGCGGAAAGUUUGAUACAGUCUUUGAACUCAGGUUUUUCUGGCGUUGAUUUGUAAACACAAUACCUUUGCCAAUGAAUUUAUGGCAACUUCAAAUGCUUGAGAACA